AUGGCUAUCCCCCAUCAUUUACCCAGAUAUCGAUGCGGCAACCUCUUCCAAAUGUUUCUCUUCAAUAUUGUCUUUGUGCACGGUUUUACAGGGCACCCUAAAUCGACGUGGACGCUCGAGGCGGCCAAGGUCCAGCAACGGACCAGAGCAGGAGGACAACAUGGCUGUGAUGUGUUCUGGCCGCAAGACUUGCUGCCAACGACAGUUCCGAGCGCUCGAAUUCUAACCUACGGCUAUGACACCAGAAUUCGCCACUUCGUUCUAGGGCAAAUUAGCAAGAACUCGGUCCCAGACCACGGAAGGGACUUUUUAAAUACUUUGGAAGCCUGGAGGAGAUCGUCGGACGAGGCAUCCCGCCCCCUCAUCUUCGUCGCCCACAGCUUGGGAGGUUUGGUUGUCAGAGAAGCUCUCAAACAAGCCAAUCAUUUCCGUACCACACAUCCACAUAACUACGCCGUCCUUUCAUCCACCAUCGCACUCAUGUUCUUCGGAACACCCCACCGCGGGGCUGAUCCUCGGAGCAUAUUACACCGCGUCCUUUCAGCCUCCGUAAUCAGGAUCGGGAUGAGCGUUAAUAGACACAUUGUCGAUACCCUUCUUCCAAGUGUCAAUAAACAGUCCGAACUCGAUGAUUUCAGGAUGCUAGCAUUGGAAGCAAACUUGCAAGUCUACUCGUUCCAAGAAGAAGUCGGCCUUGGACUACUACUUGGUAAAAAGGUUGUCGGGUACUAUUCAUCCUACCUUGGCCCACCUGUGAUUGAGACCAUACAGCACAUCGGCGACAACCACAUGGACAUGUGUCGAUUCUACGGUUUUGAUGAUCCGGGAUACUUCAAGGUCGCGGCAGCUUUUCAACGGAUUCUCGCUAGCAUCACCGCAGUCUGUAUCCGCGCAAACCCUUCUUCAGCUGACGAACGCUUGAACCGGGUUGGUAUCAUGGCAGGCCCUAGUGAUGUUGCGGCACGAACUUUCCAACGACUAGUCGCACCUCACACGCCCCUCGCUCGAACUGUGGAUAAGAUUCAGUCAGUCGGAAAGGCUGUUUCUCGUCUUACCGAUGUAUGA